AUGACUUCCUAUCAAGAGUUAACGGCCGAAGGGGAGAGUAGCCCUCUGUUCACGGGCUGCUGCCGAGCAAAAGAGGUCAUAAACCGGGACCUGGACGGCAGGACUCAUCCUGAACUCUGCAGUCGUGACGAGGAGGGGAAACUGGAAGUGGAAGUCGCCUCAGGAUUUAAUACUCCGCAUCCCCGGUACUUAACUCUCUCUAACAGUUUGACUCUGUGCACCUCUUUGGACAGCCCUCCUCCUCCUACUCCACCGUGUGAGACUCUCGAGGGCUUCUCGACACCGGCCUGCCCCCACUCGUCCCGUGUCCCCUGGCGGUGCAGAGCGCAGGGGCAGGGCUCCUCUCCAGGACGCGGAUACUGCGCGUCAAAUCCAAACCAAACGCUUCAGUCCGGCUUUGGCUCACAAAUCUACUCUCGUAAUGGCCCCGAGAUUCACGUCGCCGUGGGGAGUUCAGCUGGCUCGGACUGUAACGUGGCUCAAAUGGAUGUAAGCAGUAAAACUUUUGAGUGGAUGAAAGUGAAGAGGAGUCAGCACCGGGCGGCCAGGAUGCACAUGACCUGUGGGUUCAGUAUCGUUGGCUCGGGCCUCGGUGCUGUGAAGGCUGGGAGCAGCAGCAGCAGCAGCAGCAGCAUCUGCACGGAUGGCCAUCCCACGGUGAACGGGGCCCCGAGGACCAGCUUCAGCACUAAGCAGCUGACCGAGCUUGAGAAGGAGUUCCACUUCAACAAGUACCUGACGCGGGCCAGGCGGGUGGAGGUCGCCAGCGCCCUGCAGCUCAGCGAGACGCAGGUGAAAGUUUGGUUUCAGAACAGGCGAAUGAAGCAGAAGAAAUUACAGAGAGACGGGCUGCUGUCCGAGCCGGGCCCCGCGGCAGCGCACUCACACGCGGACACUUUGGACACCUGCCCCUCUCCUGGACCGACCUCUCCAAAACACCUGCCCCUGAACUCCUGAACCGCGGGAGCUGCAUGAUGGCGAGGGCGCCUGCCUGCCUGCCUGCAGAUGUUUUGAUUCCCGUUUGCAUCGGUUUCAAUCAGGCUUCACCUUUAUUUGCUUACCACGAUGGAUGCUUAUCGCAAGAAGCGCAAUGGCAAGUUUCUUCAUGCAAGAACGGGUCAAAACAAUUUGUCAUCCUCCCCCGGCUGCAGACUGGCGCUCUGAUUUGAAUAUUAAAAUUCAAGUCAGUGCAUCGCGCUCCUAUCUACACAAUGGAAACGAAGAAACAAAAUUAUAUUAAUUGUCCAUAGAAACUGUGGCAGACAAUUUGUUUAUUUAUUUUGUACAAUUUAUCCAGUACUUGAAUAUAUUUAUUCACCAGGACACGUGCCUCUUAAUGUGUUUAAAAUAAUUUAUAUUUAUUUAAAGCUCAUAUUUGAUAAUAUUUAUUGUAUUGACACAGAUAUGUUUAGCACGUUUUACUAAUUAUUCAACCUGCUUUUGAAACAGUCAUGCAGAUUUCUUUUUAUAUUCCUUGUCUGUGACACACUUGAGUAAAAAAGUCACCUGCUAUAAACAAAGCCCAUCUUUAACAUGUGAGCAGAUAAUUAUCAGGCUAAUUUAGCAGAGCUUUAAUGCUGCUUUAAUGUCGCUGCUUUAUUUUGUCCGAUUAUAAGCUUCCCAAUAAUCCCUCCUUCCACGGAAAGAUUAAAAUGCCAUAAUUGACUGAUGGAUUUAUUGACCGCUCGUAUUAAGAGUAUUGAUCCGUGGUGAUCCAUCUAUCCGAGGCACAAAUCUGGGAGCAUUUGCAUGCAUCUGUAACUGCAUGUUAAUGGAAUGUAGAAACAUCACGAUCGGGAGUUGUUGCGUCUUUUAUUACCUCUAUAUACAUGCAUCAGAAAAUGAUAAUUUAGCUUGAACACUCAUGCGGGAGAGCAGACAAUAAAACGCUGUCUGUGCUGUUUUGCAGAUCAACCAAUAAAUUGUGUGGCCCCAGCAGCUCGCGAGCUGCUAAAUAUUCCUUCCAGAUUCACAUCUCAUCUCAUAUAAAGUAAAUGAUUGUAAACUCGGCCCUUAAACACUGUUAUGUUCCCGCUAUCGCAAUGCGUUUCUGUCAUGUUAAUGUCUAUUCUAAUAUCGAGAUAUGAGGCCAUCAGACACUUUAAUUCUAUGUAUGGGAAUAUUUUUGUUUAGCUUUCAAUUAGCGGUGUUUGCACUGGAUGUGAAGGUUAGUGGAUCCAGAGCGGGUGUUAACGACAACAAAGGAAUUAAAGUGAAAGCAGCUGGGUGUCGUCGCGUAGAAAUAAAGAAAGCUAGAAUUCAAAAUAAUUAAUUAGGUGAAAAGGUUGUAGGCCUUUAACAGGUGUCCUCUUUGGAAUUUGGAGGGAGCAUAAAUAAAAUAAUAAUGUAAUAGUUAGACAGUUGCACCUCUGCAGGGUGGAGUGGACAUGGAGGCUGCAAGGCCAAACUAAUGUAUGCAGUCACACCGGAGUUCACCUCUCACCUCUUGACCUUUGUCUUGCCUCGGGACAACGAUGACCGGGUCAGCGGCUCACUUUGAGAAAGAUGCACCAUUAAUUUGGGUGACCUCGAAGUCUGAGCUUUCUCUCUCUCUUUCUUUCUUUUUUCUUUCUUUCUUUCUUUCUUUCUUGCUUUCUCUCCUUUUCCCAACUACUAUGAGCGCUUUUGUUCUGGUGCUGCUGGGUCUCUGUGUCCACACAAUAAUAUUUCAUCCAGCUGAACAGAGGGGCGACUAGGCCAUAUGAUAAUUGUUCAUAUUAUAAUUCCAUACCAGGCCACAUAAUGCAUUCUUUCCACACCUUAGAGCUAACCUAAUUUUUGCCCUAUCUCUUAUUUUAAUAAGCCAAAAAAUAUGCCCCUGGCUCACUUGAUAAACUGGAUGAAAGAGUCUUUUCACCCAAUAGCUUUUUUUUUUUUUUUAGAUAUAAACUACAGACCUAUUUUUAAUAGUAAAGUUGAAAAAUUAAAGUUACUUGAGCAUACUUGAACACUUAAUAUGAUUCCACAUGAGAGGCAGCAUAAACAAAAUUUAGAGCAACUAUUCAUAACAUGCUCGCUGAUUAUAUAUUUCAUGCAUAUCUGCUUGAAUAAUUUUUGAAGAAUUUGGACAUUAAUCCCCUCCGAACAAUAUCUUUUAGAAUAUUUGCGUCGUUAAUAUAAACCGAAAGCCAGAGAGGAAUAAAACUUAAGGGUCUGCGAAGGAGCUGGUGACAGUGCAAACAUUUUAAAGUUCUAUUUGUAAUUGAUGCCGAUGAUUUUACAUGCAAGCUGGACUAAAAAUGUGUCGAGCCCAAUUUAUUUUGAAUUUGCAUUUAAACAAAAUACGCACCAUUAGGGUCGCCUUUCUCUAAACAAAAUAGCACAAAGUGGAAUGCUUAACAAAACCAUUAAUGUGUCUGUCUUUUUGUCAUGCAAAUAAGUGUGCACUUGUGAAGGUUAUGAGGAUGAUGAUGAGGGCGAUGAUAAUGAAACAAUGUGAUGAUAAAGGUUUUGACUAUAAAAAUUGUACCUCAUGUUUACUGUUGUUAUAGGUGUGGGUUUUGGGGGGCAGAGAACAUGCCUCCCUUUCAGUGUUUAUUUAUCUGCCCCCCCCCCCCUCA